AUGGCUAUAGGGAAAUGGAACCCUUUUGGUCAACCUGUGCUACAAACCACUAGCGACCAUCCUGUCCUGCAACCGUUACCAAUCCCUUGUGCUGAUGGAAAGCAAUUUGGUCUAGAGAAUUUUGGCAACACCUGUUAUGCCAACUCUGUUCUACAAGCUCUAUAUUUUUGCAGUCCCUUUCGAGAUCUCGUAAUUCAGCAUGCAGAUCCGUGCAUCACUAUCCAAGCAGCCAUAUCCUCGCAGUUCACUCCUAGUGCCGCUCCCGCUUCACCAGCCGCUGCUACCCGUUGGAAGCAAACAGAACGCCAGUCCAUACCAGAAUCUCCCCAAAAUACCGGUAUUGUAAACCCUCCAACACCACCGAUCCCCUCAUCACCACGGACCUUGAUGUCUGCACUUCGCUCCUUGUACAUUCACAUCUCUCAGAACCCAGCCGACAAAGGCACCGUUGCCCCCCGAGCGUUCAUAGACAAACUCAAAGAAUUAAAUGAAGCAUUUAGAAAUACAAUGCACCAGGAUGCUCACGAAUUUUUAAACUACCUCCUCAACAAGAUCGUUGAGGAAAUAGAAGAAGAAAAGAAGCUACUGCAGGUUCCUCUCGAUGAUUCCGCUCAUUCAGUCAAAUCGUCAUCUACAACCUCGCAACCGCUGGUAAUGACAGCAAGCACGUCGAGCUCAGGUAAUCCGUCGACGGGAGCUACAUUCAUUCACCAGAUAUUUGAAGGUAUACUGACUAGUGAAACUCGAUGUCUGACAUGCGAAAACGUAUCUUCACGUGACGAAUCGUUUUUGGACCUUUCCAUAGACAUUGAACAGAACUCGAGCGUGACAGCAUGUCUUCGACAAUUCAGCGCUAGUGAAAUGCUCUGCCAGAGAAACAAGUUUUUCUGCGAUGGUUGCUGCGACCUCCAGGAAGCGGAAAAGAGGAUGAAGAUAAAGCGAUUACCCAAUGUUCUCGCUCUACAUCUCAAGCGCUUCAAGUAUCAAGAAGAUGUACAAAAGUACAUCAAGUUGGCUUAUCGCGUUGCAUUUCCCUUCGAGCUCCGCUUGUUCAAUACUGUUGAUGAUGCUGAGAACCCUGAUCGACUGUAUGAACUAUUUGCCAUAGUUGUUCACAUCGGAAACGGACCAAACCAUGGCCACUAUGUCAGCAUCAUCAAGACAUUGGGUGCCUGGCUCGUAUUCGACGAUGAAACAGUGGAGUCAAUCAAAGAAUCCGACAUACCCAAGUACUUUGGCGAAUCCAAUUCGGGCUCCGCCUAUGUGCUAUACUACCAAGCUGUGGAUAUAGACCUUGUCGCCCUUGAUCUGCGUCCGGCAAGUCCACGUGCUCCUGAGGAGCAUAUACAACUUCCUACAGAUUCUCCUGCAUCACUCUCAGAACCUAUACCAUUGCCGCCCGGGUUGUCCGCAGAACCCCCAGAGGCAGAAACUGCUGAGACUGUGCCUGUACUACCCCCUCCAUCUUUACCCACGAGUAUCCCCGUUCCUCCUGAGAGAUCAUUGCGCAAAAUCCCUUCGGAAUUUAUGAAACUCAGUCCUCCCUCGGUACCUCCGUAUCAAGCAACAGUUGGUCGUGGCUUGUCACUGAAGCCGUCCUUACCAGCUCGUAAUAGCAUACUCAAACAUGUCCCUUCGCUGAAGAUCGGUGUAGACAAACGGGACUUGGCUGCAAAAUCCACUGCUCCCUUCCCCAUGGUCGAGCCAUCAGAUCUGCUGCCACCUGUUUUACCUAUCCCUGCUCUACGAAGUCCGAACGGCAAGGAAAAGGAAACAGAGAAGAAGAGCACCAAUUGGUUCCGAAGGAAAAGUCUUAAAUCGGGAGGGAAAUUGCGUCCAAGCUUGGAAACUGAGUUAAAGAAGACUCCGUCGCCUCCUGUCGUGCCCCUGGAUGCGUCAUCAAGGUUCCACACUACUGAAUUGACAUCGAAGCAUUCCAAGGAUGAUGGUUCUGGACAUCCUUCAGAGCCGGCAGAUCUUGAUCGUCCUAUAGCGCCUUUCAUGGUCCAUCGCCGCCCUUCAUCUGCUUCCGGCCUUGUUCAGACAUCAUCGCAUAGUACGAGCAGUCGACGAGAUACUUCGAGUUCGCCUUCCGUCUCGGCCACUACGUCAUAUUCUUCACACACUACAAGCACUUCAUCAUCAAUGUCUCCUGACCAUCACCCACAAACCAUUCGUCCCUUGCCAACGAUACCUGCUUCUCCGCAAAACUCAAGGAUAGUACAAUCACCUCAUUCAGCUUAUUCUCGCGGCCACUCAUCUGAUCAUCCACGACCACACAAACGGCCAGCAGUGGCACCCCACGACUUUGAACCACCAAGACCACCUAAAUCCCCAGCUCGACCGACGACUGCAGGUGCUACGCUUGGUUCACGCCCCUCUGCAACUAUAUCUCGGGAUCAUAAUCUUCCUCCAUUGCCGGCUGCUAUGGGUGAUCUAUCUAAUGGGACGUAUGGUCACAUGCCCAUGACAUUGCCUUGUCCAGACAAUGACAAGACGCAGGUGAAAAGUAAGUUGUAUGACGAAGGCGUGACAGGGUUGUCUAGACGGCCAAAGUCAGCACAUGCACCUACAACCCUGGAGGCGGUUUUACAAUCUGGCGCUACUAAUACCACUAGUGCCGUGAAGCGGGCGAGUCGAAAGAUGAGCUUCACCGCAUCAUUCUCGUUUGGCCGCAAGGAUAAGCACCGCGAGAGGGGGAAAGAGCAGGAAUAAUUGACCCGGCCCGGUGAUUCGAUCACACACUUCCCAUCUCUCGCUAGUCCAGAGCCUGACACUGUAUUCCAUGGUAACGAUGUGUUUACCUAUAUCUUGUUUAAUGAUCUUUUUCCUAUUUUCUUGUUUGAGCAGUUGCCUCGUGGAAAGAUUUCAGUCACCUAUUUUAAUUGCAAUCGCAUACACUGUUUUUAUUCCCGCAAAGUGGACAGUUCCUCUAUUGCGCUUAUUCGUAGCUCUACCUC